AUGCCUGAGACGAUGGAAAUCAGCGAUGCCGCCAAGUCUGGGGAUGGGACCACGCAAAAUGUGGGCAUUAAGAUGACGGGCCAAUUCCAGUGUCCGCAGCCUACAGCAAGCAUGCAAUUGGAUGCAAGACAGGAGGAUGACGCGGUUGAGCAUGCCA